UUCCCCAUUCCUCAAGACUUGGUGCUUCUACUACUAGCAAGUAGGUAGCCAUGGCUAGGGUCCGAAACCCUCUCGUCAUCGGAAAGGUCAUCGGGGAGGUCAUUGACAACUUCAACCCCACGGUGAAUAUGACGGUGACCUACAACUCCGACAAGCAGGUGUCCAAUGGCCAGGAGUUCUUGCCGUCGGCGGUCGUGUCCAAGCCACGCAUUCAGGUCCCGGGCGGCGACAUGAGAUCUUUCUUCACUCUGGUCAUGACGGACCCGGAUGUGCCAGGGCCUAGCGAUCCAUACCUGAGGGAGCAUCUCCACUGGAUCGUCACUGAUAUUCCUGGCACCACUGAUGCUUCUUUUGGGAGCGAGGUGGUGAGCUACGACAGCCCAAUGCCCAACAUCGGCAUUCACAGGUUCAUCUUCGUGCUGUUCAAACAGAAGAAGCGGCAGGCUGUGAACCCUCGAGCUCCCUCCACCAGGGACUGCUUCAACACUCGCCGCUUCGCCGACGAGAACGACCUCGGCCUCCCGGUCGCCGCCGUCUACUUCAACGCGCAGCGGGAGACAGCCGCGCGCCGCCGCUGAUGUGAAAAAUGCAACAAGCCUCUGGAUCAAGCUAUGGCUUAGCUACUGGUAUUAGCUAUAUAUAUAUGGCUCCGUUCAAAUAAGAGUUUGCUCGUGGUCUUGUGUCCACUGUUUCUGGUAGUCUUCCUACUGUCCACUGUUACUCCUACUAGUCAACCUGUGAGCUUGUGUACGCCACAAGAGUGAAUUUAGUUCAACUCCUAUUUUGUACGUACGUGUUCACUGGGACUCUGGGAGCAGAAUGAUAGCUAGGAGAUGACCGUCGACGUGUCUGGUAGUAGUAGGCUAGUGAAAGGUGGAAAAGGCAAUGGCUUUGUGGCCCACCUACCUGCGCUACUGUUGUUGCCCUCAGGGCCUAUAAUCUUUCUUACCCGUUUGGAACCUCGUACUAUUUUCAUUCCUGUAAGGACCUCAUCUUUAAGGCCGGGCAAGC